AUGAUGGAUGUUCUCUGGACCAUGCCGGACUUUGCCACCAAACCCAACGAGCUGGUGACCACGGAAGACUACUACCCGGACUACGAGACGUCGGUCUGCAAUACGGAGGACUCUCAGAAAGCCAGCUCUGGGCCUCUGGCGGCUCUGUAUUGCCUCCUGUUCACAGCCGGCCUGCUGGGGAACGUCCUGGUGGUCCUCGUCCUGGCCGCCCACAAGAAGCCGCGGAGCACGACGGACAUCUACCUCCUGAACCUGGCCAUCUCCGACCUGCUCUUCGUGCUCUGCCUCCCCUUCCUCGCAUACGACAACCUGGACCAGUGGGUCUUCGGGAACUGGCUGUGCAAGCUGGUUUCCGGCGUGCACUACCUGGGCUUCUUCAGCAGCAUCUUCUUCAUCACCCUGAUGAGCGUGGACCGCUACCUAGCCAUCGUGCACGCGGUCUACGCCCUGAAGGUCAGGACGGCCUCCCGCGGGGUGGCCGUGAGCCUGGCCGUGUGGAGCCUGGCCCUGUUGGCGUCCACCCCGGCUAUGUUUUUCUACGGGGGCUUCUUCGAGGACGGCGCCUGGAGGUGCUACCUCACCCCCUCCGAAGACGGCAUCCGGUGGAAACUGUUCACCAACUUCGAAAUCCACCUCCUGGGCCUCCUGAUUCCCCCCAGCAUCCUGACUUACUGCUACGCCCACAUCCUCCGGCAGCUGAGGAGGUGCCAGAACCAGAACAGGGAGAAGGCCAUCCGGAUGGUGCUCGUGGUCGCGGUGGCCUUCUUCGUCUUCUGGACCCCGUUCAACGUGGUGCUCUUCCUGGACUCGCUCCACAGGCUGGGGGUGCUGGGGGGCUGCGCGGUCAUCCAGGGGCUGGACCGGGCCUCGAGGGUCACCGAGGUCCUCUGCCACUCCCACUGCUGCGUCAACCCGGCCAUCUACGCCUUCAUGGGGGAGCGCUUUCGGAAACACCUGGCUGAGAUGUUCCGGAAGUUCGGGCGCCCGCUCUCGGCCUGCCUGGACGCCCGCUUCCUCCAAGACCCCUGGGAGAGGUCUCAGUCCUUGCCCACCGCCUCGUCUCGCUCCUCCAGGUCCGACUGCAUUCUGUGA